AUGCCCACUGCAUCUGGUUCCUCAAAACCGCCCUCCGCAUCGAGCUCGAAACCAUCCUCGGUUAAAUCUCAAGAUGGCGUCAAGAAGUCACCUGGGCCAGCACCACAGAAUGGUGCAACUACUGAUAAUGGACAUCCUCCCGUAGACACGCAUCUCAAGCCAACAGCCUCAGUAAAGAACCGCCUCACCCGCAUGUUCUCAUCCAAGGAUACAUCAAGAGUUCCGACCCCCGCCCCUUCGACUGUCGAUUUACCUAAUCGCCCACGGGCUUCUUCCACAAACGGCACCUCUACACCCGCGGCAAAGGCUUCGUCCACCGAGAAGGGUAGCGACAAGGUUUCGCUCAAAACGACUGACAAGGCCACGACACCAGCCAAACCCGCUACGAAAUCGACCAGUGGCAAGGAACCCUCUCAACGAUUUGUUCUAAAUCCGGAAGCACAGGGUGGCCAUGAGCAUCAUUUAAAAUCUAGUCGACGUCAGGAAAAGCUCUCGGAUAUGUGGAGAGCGAUCAUCGGCAAGAAGCAGGACGCAGCCGCUGAGCACGAUCUAUCGCUCGUUUCAAAUUGGGUGGAUACACUACAGCAAGAAAAAGAAGAAGCUGGCGAUAGAAAAGGUGGGCCCAGCGCAACCACAACCCUGGUCGAGAAAUACGGCAAAUGCCAGGAGGUGGUCGGCCGUGGUGCUUUUGGCAUUGUUCGAAUCUCCCACAAGAAGAUCGGUGGCAGCAAUGAAAAGCUCUUUGCUGUCAAGGAGUUCCGACGCCGACCAGAGGAGACAGAGAAGAAGUAUAGCAAGCGACUCACAGCCGAAUUCUGCAUAUCGUCCUCGCUUCGACAUCCCAACGUUAUUCACACACUCGAUUUGCUUAAGGAUGCCAAGGGCGACUACUGCGAAGUCAUGGAAUUUUGCGCUGGAGGAGAUUUGUACACACUCGUUCUCUCGAGUGGAAAGCUCGAGGUACAAGAAGCCGACUGUUUCUUCAAGCAGAUGAUGCGAGGUGUCGAAUAUCUUCAUGAAAUGGGAGUAGCGCACCGUGAUUUGAAGCCAGAAAACUUACUCCUGACGACCCGUGGCGCCCUCAAAAUUACUGAUUUUGGCAACGGAGAGUGUUUCCGAAUGGCUUGGGAGACAGACGCGCAUAUGGUAUCUGGCCUAUGCGGUUCUGCUCCCUAUAUUGCCCCCGAGGAAUACACGGAUAAGGAGUUUGACGCCAGAGCUGUAGAUGUGUGGGCUUGUGGUGUCAUCUUUAUGGCAAUGAGAACAGGACGACACCUUUGGCGACUGGCCAAGAAGGACGAUGAUGAGUUCUACGCCCGUUAUUUGGAGGGUCGCCGUGAUGAGGAGGGCUACGGCCCCAUCGAAUCUCUUCAUCGGGCGCGAUGCCGCAAUGUUAUCUACUCAGUUCUCGACCCCCACCCGACUCGACGCUUGACGGCCGCUCAGGUCCUUAAGUCAGAAUGGGUACGUGAGAUCAAGCUAUGCAAGGCUGGUGAAGAGGGUCUAUGA